AUGGUUUCUAUGGUUUUGAUUUUAUAUAUCCCUACACCACUUCUUCGUCGAUAUACUGAUAAUCGUUGUGUAAUGGAUUUUUCUGUUCCAUGGAUGGAUACAAAUGCAUUUGUUGAGUAUUUUGUAUAUUCCUGGGUUAUAUUUGCUUAUUGUGUACCCGUUCUAGUCAUGCUCAUCAGUCAUGCUUGGGUAAUACAUACUUUAAGAGGACAUAACUCAUCUCGUCAUUUUUUAUCACGUGAUAUGCAGUCUAAUUUACAAAUUAAACGUAGAAUAAGUCAACUUGUAAUCACAACGUCAAUUAUGUCUAUUCAGCAAACUGUUUUACACUUUUUUGAAUGUAUAGGUCAAAUAUUGGAAGUAACCGGAAUUUUUCGAUAUAGCUUUAACAGUCCAAUUGAACAAAUGAGUACAUUACUCAUAUUAUUGGGAUAUAUGUCAAAUCCAUGUAUUCUUGUUUUUAGUACAGCUGUAUUAAGAAGACGUUUGUCGUUAUUACUCAAAAGCCUAACAGAAAAAAUAACCAACAUUACAAUAAUCAAGCUACACUCAAAUUGA